AAAGGAAACUGAUAGCACAAGUAUGAGUCGUGACGAAUCAGGCUGUACUUCGAGAUCUGCGGAGCUAUCCAGAUAAUUUCUCUCGUGAGAAAUUUAGACCACAACUUGCGUAUUCCUUGAGGCACGUUCGCUGGUAAUCGGAGACUGAUGCUUGUUUUACAGAUCAGUGUCUUGAAGUUAGAAACUGAAAGGUCACCUUUUGGGUAAUACACAAAAAUUCAUUUCUGUUUUAGUUAGCGAUUCGUUUACAAGGCCAUCUUUUUAUGAUCUCGCUACUUUUUCAUGGAUGGAAUUCAGUUCAUGGCCAUGUUGCUUUUUCCAGCUCUGGCAGGAGCCUUACCAACUUGGACCGUUCAACCCGUGAACUUCACUUCUGUUGUUCAGGGAAAGAACAUAACCCUCGCGUGGGAGUAUAAUGUUGAUGGAAAGUUUGCACAAGCUCAAUUUUCCGAUUUGAAGAAAGCUGGGAAAGAGAAAACGGUUGCUGUUAAGUCUUCAGCGAAUGGAAACGUAGUCGUUGCCUCUGAUUACCAGGAAAAAUUCAUUGUGCGUAUAUCAGCCUCACAAACACUAGUAACAAUUCUCAGAGCACAGAAAGCUGACAUUGGAAAGUACAAGCUGCAGGUGAUAAACCGGAAAUUGGAAACAAUAAACAGCGUGGUGGAGGUUUCAGUUCAUUAUCUACCAACCAACACUGUUCUCUCAGUAUUUCCAGACAGCAGCGAAGUGUUUGGAGGAAGUGUCUUAUAUGAGAAAUGCAGCACAGAUGCCAGACCUGAUCCUCACAUUUUUCUCUUAUAUUUCAAUGGAAAUUUUAUCAGUAACAGUAGCUCAGGGGAGUUUAAUGUCACAGUUUACAGCGAUGGAGUAUACACAUGUGCUCCCAUUAACACAGUUGGUUCGGGAGACAAUGCAUCGUUUAGCGUCACUAUUUUUGGCAAGGCUACGAUAGGUUUGGAACCCAGAAACGUCACAGCAUUGGUAGGUGAGGCCACAUCGCUGAAGUGCCUUGCUCAUGGGAAUCCUCCGCCAACUAUUACGUGGGCUCGUCAUGGCAUUGGAAAUGGUUCAGAGCUCUUUUUUCCUUCAGCGAAGUUCUCUGACAGUGGGUGGUACAGAUGCGUAGCUACAAAUGCUUAUGGAGUCUCUUUUAGUCCACUUGCAUACCUCGAUGUAACCGACAGUGCCAGUACCUUCAUAAAUGGAAGAAUGACAAUAUUAAAUGAAAAUUUUGAUAAUGGCUUGGAAAAUCCUUCAAGCGCAAGAUAUCAAACCCUUAAGAGGCAGUUUGUUGAGGCGGUAAGGGAAGUUUUCAAGAGUGACAGUACCUUCCAUAGCACGGAUGUCACAAGAUUUGAAAAAGGAAGUGUGAUCAUUCUUUUCGCGCUAACUUUCAAAGAAGUAGUUCGAACAGACAGAAAAAUCACUAUUUUAAAAAAUGCUGCCACUGACGGAAGAAUUGGUGUCUUAGAUGUUGAUCCAGUCUCCGUCAUGGCUAUCCGUGAAACUAAAGAACCUGCCACCAGUAAUUUAGGAUGCAGGCCGUCAAGCUCACCAGAGAGCUCAGCUUGCUCAAGUGACAAUAAAAUAUUUGGAGCAGUGAUAGGAGUUCUUGUUUUCGUAAUCAUUGGCCUGCUUAUUUUUAUAUUCUUCCUGCAAAGAAGAUCAGGAAUUGAAUCCAAGCAAAAGAGAUGUGAAAUGGUCAGAGAGGAGACUCAGCCCAGACCUCUUAGCUAUGAAAUUUCCAUGUCUAGACUUGAACAAGUUGUAAUGCAGACAAACCGCGUAACCGUAGAAGGAUCUUUGGCAGAAACAUCGGAAACAGAGGUUGAUACAGAACUGAUAGAUACUGGAAUCGCUGGAUACGAGUCGGCCUUGCCGGUCACCAACUCCUCUUGGAAAGUUCCACAAGAAAAUGUGUCUGUAAGAGAAACAAUAGGCAAGGGAGCCUUUUCUCAGGUGGCCAGGGGAACAGUUAAAAAUCUCCAAGGGGCUUCUGAAGUGACAGUGGUUGCAGUUAAAAUGCUGAAAGAAAACGCUCCUACCUCUGAUAGGAAGGAUCUGCUGUCAGAGCUUGACCUAAUGAAGCAACUCAAACCUCAUCCAUACGUCAUCAAACUACUAGGAUUUGUUGCUGAACCGUUAUUGGUGUUGACUGAGUAUGUUCCAUUUGGAGACCUGCUCGGUUAUUUACGAAAAAGCCGAGGACUAAACGACAGUUACUACAGCAACCCGAAGUUCACAGCAGAAACCAGUUUGACGGCGGAUAAACUGAUGAAGUUUGCUUGGCAGAUUGCCGAUGGAAUGAGCUACUUGUCCACUAAAUGUAUAAUUCAUCGAGACCUGGCAGCACGCAACGUGUUGGUUGGAGAAAAUGAGACCUGUAAAGUGACGGACUUUGGAAUGGCCAGAGAUGUGCAGCAAGACAGCAUAUACGAAAUGAAAACUACGGGGCGACUUCCUAUCAAGUGGACUGCAUACGAGUCGCUUUUCUAUGGGACGUACACCACCAAGAGUGACGUGUGGAGUUACGGGAUUGUCCUCUAUGAAAUCUUUACACUGGGUGGAUCGCCAUAUCCUGGUAUGGAAGGAAAAACGGUUCCAGGUUGGCUCAAACUUGGAUAUAGGAUGCCAAAGCCAGUACACAUCGACGACAAAUUAUAUCAAGUGAUGUUAGAAUGCUGGCAAAUAGAAGCGAACGAAAGACCGACAUUUUCUAACCUUACAAAGAAACUUAAAGUAAUGGAAAACCAACACAAGAAGCUAAUCCAGAUGGCGAAGUAUGACAACACACUUUAUGUGAAUGUCGACGAUUUAGUUGUCUAGUAUUGAGACGAGACGUUCAUUUCGAAAAGGGACAAAAGGAAAAAACUCAAUUCAUUAAAACACAUGAGCAAUUCAGUUUUGAAGCUCUUUAGAUAACCUUUAGAUAAUCAAUAGGAAAAUCGUCUAAUUAAUGUCGUUUGUACAAAUGAUUUUCGUCAGAUAUUUCUUUUAAGAUUGAUUCAAUACCUUUCUAACCUUUUCCACUUUUUACGACUCACUGAUAUUCUUCUUGUUAGCGUUCAUUAACAGUAUUAAGUUCGUAACAAGUUCAUAUACAAUUUACAGCUGUUUCGAGAAAGUUUGUCGGAAAAAAGGGCAAAAGUGCACCCGACAAUCUCGAAUGGAAAGCUGGGUAUCUUGUAGUCAAUAAAAUUGCUCAAACCGUGGUGCCUCGUCCUGACAGUGACGUCUCCGAAUACAUUAACAUUAAUGUUAGUCUGCUUUUCAAUUUUAUCAUACUGUUUUACAGACACUGGAAAUUCAAUAUCAAAUUGAAUAUAUAAUAAUAACAAAAUCUAAUUACAUUAACUUUAAGUGAGCACUAACUCUGGAAAACAAACAGUUGCCUAUACAGAAACUACUCUCGGGAAAAAAUUUUAGUAGACUUAAAACACCUAAACAUCCUUAAUCUCUUUCAAAAGAAACCUCAUUUUCUGUCAUAGCAAUACUCCGAACUGUGUUAUAAAUAUUAUUUUAAUACGGUAAAUCCGAAAUGUACGAGAAAGAAUAAAGUAGAGUAAAAGUAUAGGGGCCUAAACUGCAUUGAGAUCAUGCAGAAGGGAGCUUUUCGAGUUAACUAAUGUUCCAGGUAAGAACUAAGAGAGCUAUUAAACACAAAUGGGAAGCGGAGGAAUUCCUUGACAAAGUAAUGGACAGGUUUUUUUGAUUGACAAUAUUUCUUAACUCUUUCUUAAAUUUUCUCAACUCUUAGUUCUCUGACUAUCACACUGCCGACGACCCUUUUUAUUUGCUUCCCUGAUUUCGGUUAUUCGCAUUUUUAUUCUCGACCCAGUUACCUCUCCUAGUUAUUACAUGGAACAUUACGGAUCCUCUUUAAAAAAAAAGAGUACGUCAAGACAGACUUGACAACCAUCAAGUCUCCUGGGUCCAUUUCAUCCAGUUCGGAGAGUGGGACAUUUGCGACGACUUCCCCUGCACUUAUUUUCUUCGUCGUAAACACCUUCUCUUCGCAGGAAUCAGGCAUCAAUACUAUUCUUCAAUACUAUUCUAUAGAAAUGAAGCGCAAAGUAAUUAAUUAAUUAUCUGUGGUGAAUCAAUA